AUGGCAGCUCGCAAUUCAAAAUCGCAGCAAUCCUCAGGUCCUUCUUGCUCGAAUGGAGAUGACAAGCAGCAACAGCAACAGCAACAGCAGCUUCAGUUGAAGACGCGUUUCUUUUCAGAAGUCGAUAACCGGAACGGUUCCGUACAUUGCACUCUUCAAGUUACCCACGUUCACUGGAUGGAAGUCAAGCACCCAGACGGCAUAAAACCUGUUGCGAUAGGAGAACGUUUACGACAACGAGCAUUACAGCAAGAAUCAAAGGACGAAUUGGAUGGCUCAAAUGAUGAUAGCUCGCAUGAUGAUUCGGAUUCGCCUGUAUUGGAAAGUGAUAACGACCUCGAGAUUAUCCGCAAGGAGAACUUUUUCAAAGAAGAGCUUACAGAAGAGGAACGUGAUCUUGUUGCCAAGCGAGUAUUGAUGCACCAAAAGUUGGUCAAGAAGCACGAACGACGCGAGAAGAGACGCAAAUCAAAAAAGAUCCGGAUCAUGUUUGACUAUGUGAAUGAUGAGGAAAUUGAUGAGAUGUUAAACGACUGCAACAGAGACGAGGAUGAAGUCAUUUGUCGCCUCGCUCAACAAGUUGGCUAUCUCAACACCAUACGCAAGCAAGUUGCCAUGAAAUACCCCCAAGAAAACACCCAAGCAUCAGGGAUGACGAUGAGUGCGGAGCAAAAGCAAGCUUAUCAACAGCUGGUCAAAAAGCGAGCUGAGACAUUGAGGAAAACCACUACUGACAGAGCCAAAAAGCAAUAUCGAAUGGGCAGUCGUCUUUGUUUGGAUGAAGCGGUCAAGCAAGCACAGCAACAUCAAAAAGUGGAUCCUGAAAAGGCAUUUGAAGGAUGGUCUGAAGCACGCAUUUACGCCUACAGAAUGAUCGAUGAGAACCCCAACAGCUAUUAUUAUCGUUUCAAUGCACCAGGAGAAGUUCAACGUAGAGGACAAUGGUCCAAGGAGGAAAAGAAGCUAUUCUUUGCACGACUUGCUGAGAUUGGAGCCAAUGGACAAUGGGGCAUCUUUAGCAUGAAAAUACCAGGUCGCGUUGGUUACCAAUGUUCCAACUUUUAUCGCCUCUUAUUGGAAACCAAGCAGAUCACUGAUCCCAACUACGUUCUUGAUGAAAACGGCAAAGCGCGUUAUCUCUUUGAUAAGAAGGAUGCCAGCGGCAAAGUCCACAAAGCAUUUCGUACGCAUCGACCCACUGUCAUCGAGGAAGACAACAACAAUGGUAGUAGUAGCAAUGGAAAACGUCGACGUGCCACUACUCGAUCAUCCUCAUCAUCUGCUGCUGCUGCUUCUUCUUCUGCUACUGCCAAUGACAACACUACCACUGCAACCAAUGCACAACAACAACGAUCUGGAAAAAGACGAAGACGACGAUUUGCUGCAUCCGAUGAAAGCGAUGACGAUGAUGAUGACGGUGGUGCUUAUGUGGAUGGUGAAUAUCGAUCGAGUCGUUCUAGAGCAAGGAUGAUGGAUACGACACAAUCGAAUGAUGGAGACAAUGUGGGACGUCGACGAAGCAAACGACAACGAAAACCCACAGCUGCGGCUAUCGAGGCGGGGUUGGUUGCCGAAUCCAGACCCUCUUGUUCUUGGGAGACUUCCAUCACUGGUACAACACACGACCAACAAGGAACACACUCAAAGGACAAUGAUGAUGAAUCCACACUCAACAACAAUGAGCAAAAUCCUCUUCCAGGGUUCAUUGAUCCAAUCACAUUGACCGAAGUCGUUAAGCCUGCCAUUUCAAAAUAUGGACAUGUAAUGGGAUAUGACAGCUGGGUGCGUUGCUUGACGCGUUGGGAAGGAAAGCAGAACAUUUGCCCACUCACAAAGAAACCUCUGACAAAACGUGACCUUGUGAUUCUGGACUUUGAUAAUAUUGAGGAGUACAGGUCUCGGAUCGUAAACCUGUGA